AUGGAGCAGAGGCAGAGAAACCAGAAGACGGCUCACCAAGAAGACCAAGAACAGCAGCAGGAUGAACAAUCAGAAGAAAUGCAGCAUGGCCCUUUCCCAGUCGAACAACUUCAGGCAUCUGGAAUCGCUGCCAUUGAUGUAAAGAAGCUGAAAGACGCUGGUUUAUGUACAGUUGAAUCUGUAGCAUACUCUCCUCGGAAGGAGCUUCUGCAAAUCAAAGGAAUUAGUGAAGCUAAAGUUGACAAAAUUAUCGAGGCAGCUUCCAAAUUGGUCCCUUUGGGAUUCACUAGUGCAGGCCAACUCCAUCAACAAAGGCUUGAAAUAAUUCAAAUAUCUUCAGGGUCAAGAGAGCUUGACAAGAUAUUAGAUGGAGGAAUUGAGACUGGAUCUAUUACCGAGCUAUAUGGCGAGUUUCGGUCUGGAAAGACUCAGCUUUGUCACACUUUAUGUGUAACUUGCCAACUUCCAUUAGAUCAAGGUGGUGGUGAGGGGAAAGCAAUGUACAUUGAUGCUGAAGGUACAUUCAGGCCACAAAGACUCUUACAGAUAGCUGACAGGUUUGGGUUGAAUGGUAAUGAUGUGUUGGAGAAUGUAGCAUAUGCAAGAGCAUACAACACGGAUCAUCAAUCAAGACUCUUGCUUGAAGCUGCUUCAAUGAUGGUCGAAACCAGGUUUGCGCUUAUGAUAGUGGACAGUGCAACUGCUCUUUAUAGAACUGAUUUCUCUGGUAGAGGUGAACUAUCAGCCAGACAGAUGCAUCUUGCAAAGUUCUUGAGGAGCCUUCAGAAGUUGGCAGAUGAGUUUGGUGUAGCUGUGGUGAUCACUAAUCAAGUUGUGGCCCAAGUAGAUGGUUCAGCCAUGUUUGCAGGGCCUCAAAUUAAACCAAUUGGUGGUAAUAUCAUGGCUCAUGCCUCUACAACAAGGCUGGCUUUGAGGAAAGGAAGGGGGGAAGAGCGGAUUUGCAAAGUGAUUAGUUCCCCGUGUUUAGCUGAAGCUGAAGCUAGGUUUCAGAUUUCUACAGAAGGUGUUAAUGAUGUCAAAGAUUGAAUUUGGCCACAAGCUUUGUUUGUGUUUUUCUGUUUUGAAUUUGUAUCUUUGUGUCAUAAACAACACAUGAUGACAGUAUGAAAUACAAAUAGUCGAAUAUAAAAUUUCCCAUUCCAUCU